AUGCCUGACGGUGUAGUCUGGGACGCCCGCGUAGAGGCCUUCAUCCAGGCGCCUGUAGACGCAACCUCGGCCGCUCUCGUCAACCCUACUAGGGGUGCCACAUCGGAGGCAGCCGGCGCCGCUGCCGGCUACGACUUUGGCAAUCGGGACUCCCAGUUCCACCGCAGCGGUACCGAGAUGCCGGCCCGCUCCAGCGACACAACCCAAGGUGCCACUUACAUUCGUCGCAGCCUUCCCACCGGGCCUCGCCCCCUACCCUUCCCACCUCGCUCCCUGCCCUUCCCACCUCGUCGCCCACCCACUCAGCAACGCUACUCUGCUGGUGUGCCUCCAGGCUCGAACGCCGCUCAAGACGCUCCCCCGCCCUUUAGCGCUCAGCCUCAUUCUUUCGGCCCGACGACCCCGCCUCGCCGCCCUGCUGGCGUAACGUCAAGCCCGACCGCGGUUCAGGUCCCUCUCUCAAUGAGGCAGCCUCAGCCCCAGUCUUCUUUCGCGUGGCGCGUGCCGGAAGCCCCUGUCGCCGCCUCUGCAUGGCAGUCGUCGCGCUCAGUCUGGUAUGAGGCGCCGCCACCCCCGAGCGCCAACCACCUCCCGCCGCCGGCGCCCGCGGUGCCGGCAGUCCAGCAGGACCCGACUCCCAUUUCGCAUGGCGAACUCCUCGCCCUGCUGCACGAGCAGCGGCAGCAACUAGCUGAGGUCCAUGCCCGGAACGAGGCGACCACCAUGGCCCUUGCGAUGGCGCAGAAGGAGCUGGAGUACACGAAGGACUGGAACGAGUGGCUGAAGACCACGAACGGCAGCCUCCAAGCUCAACUCCACGCCGCGCAAGUCGACAGUGCCAAGCACUUCAACGCGGCCGAGGCGCUGACCGUCACGCUCCAAAACACCAAAGCUGAGCUCCAAGAAAUGCACUACAAGUUUGCUGGCACCCUGCAAGCGCGUGCCAGAUGUUCAAGCCUCUGCCGCCAGCGCGGAUACCCGCCAUGCUCGCACCCCCGUGGACCCCCUCACUCGCAUACCGAAGACGCAAACAACACCACGACGCAGGGGGAGGACGGGCAGCAACCUAACCCGCCCGGCAUUUCGCCCCUCACCCGCAAGCAGUGGAAGGCGCUGUACAAAGUGGACGUGUUGGCGCUUCGCGCCCAGCUCGCCGCCAAGGAGGCCAAAGUGCAGACGCUCGCCACCGCGCUGAAGUACGCCAACGACGCGGGAACGACUUUCGCCACCGAGCUCGCCACGCUCGGCGCGCGCCUUGUCAAGAGCGACAAAGAGACUGCGGCCCUCAGGGCCAAGGUCGCGACACUCAACACCUCUGUCGACAAGCAAGGGGGCGGGACCUGCGUCCACGAGGCCGAGUGGGCGGCCCUGCGCAGCCGCGCCAACCCUUCUCCACGCCAGAACAACGAGCUGAACGGCCUGCACAGCGACGCCGACCAGUCCGCGCACGACGCCGAGUUCCAGUCCGCGCGGGGUGAGGCACGGAUUGAGUCCGUCCAUGAGGACGACGACAUCCCCUUCAUGCGCCUCGACGACAACGGUAACGGCAAUGCCGAGCUCCAGGGUUAG